UCCACAGGAAGGUUAAAUAAAAAGAACCACUUACACGACAAAGGCAUUGCAUUUCUCACAUGUCUGGACAGAGGUGUAGGCUACAAUGACUGCGUUAGUAAAGUUCUGCUUCUGGAGCUCAAACAUUCAUCUAUGGACCUCCUCAUAUCUCAGAUUCACCAGCUGGAUCAGCACAUAUUUGGAAACAGAUCCAUAAUUUUCAGCCAUGGAUGGAUUUAACCUCUCAGAAUCUGAGUAAGAGCACUAAAGAGGACCAAUGAAGACUAAGAUGUUACUUCUGAAGUCUGCAAAAGGCAUGAAGUGAAGUAAAUCGGAUGAGACUCUGGAUGACAACUUAAAAUGUUCAUAAAGGGUUGAGAGGCACGUGGACGUCUGACAACCUUUUGCUAACUUCAUCGUGAAAUAUAAUCUUUUUGCUUUUGUAAUAAAACAGAUUCUGUCAUCACAGUGUAACAUGCAAUUGAUGCAAAUAAAAAAUGGCAAUGUGUAAACGUUUAAAAUGAUCAAAAAUGUUUUAUUAAAUAAAAAUUAUACAAAAAUGGAUUUUAUUUUCAGCAAUAUUUAGAGCCUUUAUUGUUCUGUCAAAGUUUGAAUGCAAUAAUAAUAAUAAAAAAAAACAUUUCUAAUCUUUGGGAAAGAGGUUGUCUUGGAGUAUUUUUUAUGAAAAUUUAAGUUACCUUAGAAAUGUUUUAAACACUAUAAUGAUACCAUCAUUGGUAUAAGGUUCAUCUUGGACAUCUCAAUGGAUUUGCUGAAGUCAAUCAGUUUUCAUUAACUUUUAGAAUAAUGUAAAAAUGUAGCUAGCUUGUAAUUUCACUCAGUAGAAAAGCGUUUUUUAAUAAUAAUAAUAAUAAUAAUAAAUAAUAAUCUUUGAAAACCAGUUUUGUGGGAAAAAAGACCAAAUAAACACGCAUGACGUCACCUAGUUACAGUGUUGAUAGCAACCAACCACUCGCAGGGAAUGUAUAAAGUGUGAGGAUCGACACAAACGGAAACAUGGACGAUCAUUCCGCAGAUGAAGGGACAAGGAUGGAGCCUGAAGUCUUAUCUAAUGACGCGUUUGAAAUAAAGACAAGCGAUGUGUACAAAGUGGAUGAAAACUUACCAAAUCGCUUUAACAAUCCGGAGUGUUUCAGAGGAUACAGCCAAAAAAUGAUCAACCCUCUGUACCAAACAACAAAUCAAACAUAUGGAAGCAAAAAACCAACAGUUCAUGAAAUGCCGACAACCUUUAAAGGAAGUCGUCGGAAGUUUUCAGAGCAUCUUCUGAAAAGUGGCAUGUACAGAGAAAACGGCUUCAACACCGUGCUGGACAAGAGCCGACUCACUGGACCCAAUACGACGACUGCGUUCCACGACAGAAUCAAUUUCCAUUGCUUAUACCACACAGAUGGGAAAUCUCAGUAAAAUACAGUCAUCUUUAUUCUGUAUAUAACAAACCAGUCAUGCUAAUUUGAUGCUAGUAGGGGUUUGAUUUUUUUAUUUUAAAUGCUCACAGAAUUUUCAUUUUGGGUGAACUAUCCUUUUAAUUGUAUAAAAAUUAGUUUAUAGCCCACUGUGUGAUGACACUUCCUGUUUGAUUAUUAAAAAACACACAACUA